AGUAGAUGCAAUUCACAGAAAAAAAGAAAGGAUUCUAUUUACCCUUUUUAUAUUUGAACUUUCAUAGACUUUUUCUUCCCUUACCUACUGCAGCAAAAAAUCGCCAUGUACCAACCUAUCCAGACUUACCCAUGGAUGAGUCUAUCUGGAAGACAGGAGUUUCGAUGCUUGUCUUGUUCUGAAUGUCUGCUUGUCACCUGCUUAGGGUUAUCGACUGUGAUUCUGGGACUCGUUGUUGUUCUACAGGACCCCUCUGACUCUGUGGUUUUCUCUACGGGAUUAACAAUGAUAGCCAUAGGUGCUUUUUUCAUUGUCCUCACUGGAGUGACAGCCCUGUGUACAGUUACAGUCGACGAGAACUUGCAGAAAACCACGAGGCUAAGACUAGGAAUGAUACGAAAAAGUGGAAGUCUCCAAGGAACUACAGCGCCUUCCACGACUCACUCAGUCAUUGCCAGCACCUCGCUGUAGCUGUACAUGGAACCCUGGCCUCUUGGUCUUUGGAGCUGAGUCUCCUGAGCAUUGUUUUUAAAUAAAAAUAAAAUCUGG